AUGCCGGAGGAUUCCACGAAAGACCAGCUCAAAAAGCUGAUUGCGGAGGGAGCUCCAUCCUCUGUCACAGACAAGAUUCCCAGAGAAAAGCUGUCAACAGAUUUGCAGAACCUAAUUGACAAAGACGAUAGCUUCUUCGACGACCUAUAUGAUGGCUACACGGGUGAUACUACCGACACCUCGGUGCGAUAUGCAGCUUAUGCGACGCGAAUUCGAACGAUACUACUCAGCGCACAUCGAUACGUGGCAUAUACAUCGGACAUAGGGGAGUCAUUCAGGCCUGUAGCACAUCCUUACCUCGUCCGAGGAGCAUAUGCGGUCUCGUGGGCAUAUCUGAUAGGUGAUGUGACCCAUGAAGGCUGGAAGGCACACAAGCGCAACCAGAGGCUGUUGAGCCCUACUACCGACCAACAUAUGCAAGCUCUGAUUAACGAAGGUCCGGAAAAGCAAAAUAUAACACAGACCCCAACCAAGAUACCAGCAAUAGAAGACUGGAGGGCAGUGGCAGCUCAGCGAGCCGUCUUCCAGAGUGUUGCCAGUAUGGGUCUUCCAGCUUUCACAAUUCACAGCAUUGUUAGGUAUUCUGGUAAGGCACUCAAAAAUGCCAAAAAUGCCACAGUGAGAACAUGGGCACCAAUAGGCCUGGGUCUCGCAGCCGUGCCUGCUUUGCCUUUCAUGUUCGACAAGCCAGUUGAAGAGGCAGUCGAGUGGAUAUUCUAUCAGGGUUUCAAGGCUAUUGGUGGUGAGGGAGCAGUAAACCCGAGGCAUUCUACAGGGAGGUCGGAAGCACUCACCAAGGAGGUCACCAAGGUACUAAAGGAGAAGGAAUUAUAG